AUGACGGUAUUAAGUGUGAACAACUUAAAAAUUAAUGGAGAAUCUAAUAAUAAUAAACAGUAUGACCGUGAUUUUUUGAUAAAACUACGAGACAUUCCUCAGUGUAAAAUAAAACCUGCUUAUCUUAAUAACCGCUUUGAAAGUAUUCAUAAAUCCGAGUUUAGAUUGCGUGAAUCUGAUAAUGCCUGGAAACCAACUCUGCUGAAAAAAAAGACUGGUGCAGAAGUGGAAGAAGAGACCCAAGUUCUUUACAAGAACGUUCGCAGCGUGUUGAAUAAACUAACCCCGGAAAAAUUCGACAAACUUGUUGGACAAGUGCGAGCAUUAGAAAUUGACUCACAGGAGAAAUUGCAAGGUGUUAUUAAUUUGGUAUUCGACAAGGCGAUAGAUGAGCCAAAUUUUGCUGUAGCGUAUGUUUUGAUGUGCAAAGAACUUGCAUUGAUGAAAGUUAAUACUCCAAAUGAAAAAAAACCGUCCCAGGUAACUGGAAACCCAGCUGCUAAUGUAAAUUUCCGCAAGCUACUAAUUACUCGGUGUCAGGUAGAGUUUGAAAAAAACAAAACUAAUGAAACACAGAGAACUGAAAAGGUCAAAGAAAUUGAAGAAUGUAAGGACGCUAAAAGGAAAAAAGAUUUGCAGGCUGACCUUGAAGAUUAUGAUCGUAAGAUUAGAAUGAAAUCUGUUGGAAAUAUUAAAUUUAUCGGUGAAUUGUACAAACAAAGAAUGUUGACGAGCAAUAUAAUGAAUUUAUGUAUUAAUCAUUUAUUGCAAACUCCGGAUGAAGAAAAUUUAGAAUGCUUGUGUAAAUUACUGACGACUAUUGGAAAAAUAUUUGAAGAAAAAAAUGACCUUUCGUCUUACUUUAAGAAAUUAACAGAGCUUACUAAUCAAAAGGGAGUAAACAAGAUUAGCUCUAGAAUAAGAUUUAUGAUCCAAGAUAUUAUUGAUUUAAAAGCAAACAAAUGGGUUCCUCGUCAUGUUGACAAUAAUCCUAAAACAAUAAUAGAUGAAAUAACGUUAGGUAGCAAAAAUUCUUACACUUGGAAGCCUUUAGUACCACCAGCGCCUGCAAUAUUGUCACCUAAUAAAUUCUCCAUCCUUGAUGCCAAGCUUGAAGAGCAAAACUCCAUAAGACGUUCAUAUGCUGGAUCACGAUCUACAGGAUUUUCCGAGAGGUCUAAUGAUAGAUCCUUUCAAAGAGACAAUAAUAACAGCCAGCAAAGAAGAGUUCCCUUGUUUGAGCAAAGAUUAGCAAUGUUGAGAAAUGCUCAAAGUGGAAAUAUUCUUCCAGCAAUUCCGGCGGAAAAGAUUUCUUCUUCAACAUCAGUACCAAGUCAAGUUUGUGUAAAUAAAUCUCUGAAAAGUGAUGUAAUUAAAUCACUUUUAAAAUCUUGCGAGAAUUUUGCAAGCACUGAAGAAUUUAUUAAGGCUGCUGAAGAGACUAUUGCGGAUAACUUCGACAGUUCUUCGUACGAAUUUUUCGUCAGUGAAGCAAUGAACUGUGUGCUUGAAAAAUCUAAGACUGUACGUCAGCGAUUUUCGGCUUUACUGUCACAGAUGAUGGAGAAAAAUAUUAUUUCCCUAUGUCUGUUCCAAAAAGAGUUCAAAAAAUUACUAGAAAUUAAAGAAGAUCUAGUAAUUGAUAUUCCUAAUUGUCAAACAUACCUUGUAGAAAUUUUGUCCGGGUUAUUGACUUCAGGCGCUCAUUCAUUUGUUGAAUUGAAGCAAACGCUAGCUGUACUUAAAAGUACAGGUUGUGGAAAAUUCUUGGAAGAAUUAUUAUCUACUGUAGCAAAAGAUCAAAAGCAUGAGUGGGUUGCUGGUGAAUGGAAAAAGAGUGGACUAACCUGGUCCGAUUUGGUCGACACUCAAAAAGAAUCAGUUGAUGAGAUUAUUAAAAAUUACAGUUUGGAAUUUUUAACUGGUGAUUCUGCGACAAUAAAGAAAUCAUCCCAGACAGAUAAUUGUUAUUUUGAAAAAACUUUUAGUCAAUUACUGGAUUGUAUGGGUAAAAGCAGUGUAAUUGACUUUAUUACUAAUUUUAUCACUACGAAGUUUGGAGAGCAACCAGCUGGACGGCAAGUAUUUCUCAAAAAAAAAACGAUGCCAGGCCAAGAAGGAAGCGAGAUGGUCCAUGUAUCAUUAUCACUGAAUGAAUCUGUAAAAUUGCAUGAAUCCGUGAAUCCAUGGAAGCCAACUCUGCUGAAAAAAAAGACUGGAGCACAAAUGGAAGAUGAGACACAAGUUCUUUACAAGAACGUUCUCAGGAUAUUGAAUAAACUAACCCUGGAAAAAUUCUACAAACUUGUUGGACAAUUGCGAGCAUUAGAAAUUGACACGCAGGAGAAAUUGCAAGGUGUUAUUGAUCUGGUAUUCGACAAGACGAUUAAUGAGCCAAAUUUUGCUGUAGUGUAUGCUCUGAUGUGCAAAGAACUUGGAUUGAUAAGAGUUAAUACAUCAAAUGAAAAAAAUUCGUCCCAGGUAACUGAAAACCCAGAUGCGAAUGUAAAUUUCCGCAAGCUACUUCUUAAUCGGUGUCAAAUGGAGUUUGAAAAAAAUAAAACUAAUGACACACAGAGAACUGAAAAGGUCAAAAAAAUUGAAGAAUGUAAUGACGCUAAAAGGAAAAAAGAUUUGCAGGCUGAUCUUGCAGAGUAUGAUCGUAAGAUUAGAAUUAAAUCUGUUGGAAAUAUUAAAUUUAUGGGUGAAUUGUACAAACAAAGAAUGUUGACGAGCAAUAUAAUGAAUAAAUGUAUCAAUCAUUUAUUGCAAACGCCGGAUGAAGAAAAUAUAGAACGUUUGUGUAAACUACUGACGACUAUUGGAAAAAUAUUCGAAAUAAAAAAUGACCUUUCGUUUUACUUUAAGAAAUUACCGGAGCUUACUAAUCAAAAGGGAGUAAAUAAGAUUAGCUCUAGAAUAAGAUUCAUGAUCCAAGAUAUUAUUGAUUUAAGAGCAAACAAAUGGGUUCCUCGUCAUGUUGACAAUAAUCCUAAAACAAUAAGUCAAAUUCAAAAGGAAGUUGAGACUGAACAAUUUAUCAACACACAUUUAAAUGCUUCAUAUAAUCCAUCACAAAAUUCUCGUUCUGAUAACAAACCAAGAAGACAUGAGACGGUGUUGAGUAACAAAAAUUCUUAUAUGUGGAACCAGCCAGCUCCUGCAAUAUUGUCAUCUAAUAAAUUUUCUAUUCUUGGUGCUAAGCUUGAAGAGCAAAUCUCAAGGAGACGUUCAAAUGUUGGAUCACAAUCUACAGGAUUUUCCGAGAGGUCUAAUGAUGAAUACAUUCAAACAUCGAUUAGUAACAGCCAGCAAAGAAACCGAGUUCCCUUGGUUGAGCAAACAUCAACAUCAGUUUCAAGUCAAGUUUGUAUGAAUAAAUCUCUGAAGUGUGAAGUAAUUAAAUCACUUUUGAACACUUGCGAAAAUUUUGCAAGCACUGAAGAAUUUAUUAAAGCUGCUGAAGAGACGAUUGCGUAUGACUUCGAUAGUUCUUCGUACGAAUUUUUUGUCAGUGAAGCAAUUAACUGUGUGCUUGAAAAGUCCAAGACUGUACGUAAGCGAUUCUCGGCUUUACUGUCGUACAUGAUGGAGAAAAAUAUUAUUUGUCUAUGUUUGUUCCAAAGAGAGUUCAAAAAAUUAUUAGAAAUUAAAGAAGAUCUAGUAAUUGAUAUUCCUAAUUGUCAAACAUACCUUGUAGAAAUUUUGUCCGGGUUAUUGAUUUCAGGCGCUCAUCCAUUUGUUGAAUUGAAGAAAACGCUAGCUGUACUUAAAAGUACAGGUUGUGGAAAAUUCUUGGGAGAAUUAUUAUCUACUGUAGCAAAAGAUCAAAAGCAUGAGUGGGUAGCUGGUGAAUGGAAAAAGAGUGGACUAACCUGGUCCGAUUUGGUCGACACUCAAAAAGAAUCAGUUGAUGAGAUUAUUAAAAAUUACAGUUUGGAAUUUUUAACUGGUGAUUCUGCAACAAUAAAAAAAUCAUCCCAGACAGAUAAUUGUUAUUUUGACAAAACUUUUAAUCAUUUACUGGCUUGUAUGCGUCAAAGCAGUGUAAUUGACUUUAUUACUUCUUUCAUAACUCAGGAUUGA